AUAAUUAUCUAUACUGAAAGGUACAAUAAAGCGUAUAUGUGUCUACUUAUAGUUGUUGAAUAUCGUAGGAAACGUCGUCAGCUGAAGUAGCUCCAUUAGCUUGUGUUACGCUUUCAAACAUUACCUCUUAUUCCGUCUCGCUGUCCAAAUGAAACGACUACCUUUUCAUCGUGAUGCUUAAGUACUAUAUCUAAAGGAUAGCUGAAUGUUUUCACAGCCUCGGCUCUCGGGGUAUAAUUGUCAUAUUGGUAAAUUAAACCUCCAGCCUUGUUCACAACAUACACACUGAAGAUCACCAUCUUUGCAGUAUCGUGUCAGCUGAUAAAAGUGUCAUAUGACCUUCUUCUUCUUCUUCUUUUUGACACUCAGCUCUCAACACAGGUCACACAUCCCUUAGCUUGGUAAGGAGACUCCUCCUGGUCUACAAUAUUGGAUUCCCCAGUUAAUCAUUAACUGCAGUAAUCAGAGGACUUCAUCCAUAACAGCCUCAGAUUGACAUGCAUAAAUAGAUGAAUGUUACCAUAAGGCAGUUGUUCAAGUUAAGGAAUGCGAAUAGCUGCCUGAAGAAAACAAAAGAUCCCAUACAACAUUGAUGCCAAAUAACUGAUUAUUUUCCACCCAUUUGCAGCACCUUGUGACAACAUAGAUUUAAUCAGUUUUGGGGAAGAGAUGUUGAACAUUAACCAUCCUUACCGGUUGGAUACUCCCCAUGUUAGCAGUUGCUUCUGGUCGGUGGAUCCUGAAGCAAAGUUCACAGGCAGCAGAGGUCUGUCAGGAGUCAAGACAUUCUUUCAGCUUUUACAUUUUUGUAUGCAUCUGCAGUCAUGGCUACGAAAAGUUAUGGAUACUACCGAGGCACCAUAUUUCUGGCCAUGUUUGUAGGAUACACACUGUACUACUUCAACAGAAAGACUUUCUCUUUUGUGAUGCCCUCUCUGAUGAAAGAAAUUGAGUUGGAUAAGGAUGACCUGGGCAUGAUCACCAGCAGUCAGUCUUUGUCCUAUGCUAUCAGUAAGUUCAUCAGUGGCGUGCUCUCAGACCAGAUCAGUGCCCGUUGGCUCUUCUCCAUUGGCCUCUGCAUGGUGGGAGGUAUCAACGUGGUUUUCUCCUGGUCAUCAACUGUCACUGUCUUCUCUGCCUUGUGGUUUCUCAAUGGCCUGGGUCAGGGCCUUGGCUGGCCUCCCUGCGGCAGGGUGCUGCGAAAGUGGUUUGAACCUUCUCAGUUUGGAACAUAUUGGGCAGUUCUCUCCUGCAGCAAGAAUCUGGCAGGCAGCUUUGGCCCCAUUAUUGCCACAGUUCUGGCCGAGAGUUACAGUUGGAGGACAAUACUGUCUGUAUCUGGAAUGAUUUGUGUGGCAUUCUCCUUUGUCUGUCUGCUGCUCAUCAAGAAUGAGCCUAAGGAGGUGGGGCUGCCCAACAUAGAGGCAGCAGCAAUACAUAGCAAAGAAGGAUCCUUCAGUGAUAAAAGCACUAUGUCAGAAUUCCUUCUGUCACCUUACCUGUGGCUGCUAUCUGUCCCCUACUUGGUGGUGUUUGGGGUGAAGACAGCCUGCACUGACUGGGGCCAGCUGUUCCUCAUUCAAGACAAGGGGCAAUCUACACUUAUGGGUAGCUCAUACAUGAGUGCCCUGGAGGUUGGAGGCCUUUUGGGCACUCUUGCAGCAGGAUACAUCUCUGAUAAAGCUGUGGCCACACAAGGCAAGAGAAUCUACGGCAAUCCUCGCCACUUCAUCCUGAUCUUCAUGAUGGCUGGAAUGUAUGUGUCCAUGUACCUAUUCAGAGUCGCAGUAACUCCACACAGCUCAACGGUCUGGAUACUCAGCCUGGGUGCUGCCUUUGGUUUCUUUUCCUAUGGACCAAUAGCAUUGUUUGGAGUUAUAGCCCAUGAGAGUGCCCCAGCCAACUACUGUGGAACAUCCCAUGCAAUUGCUGCCCUGAUGGCUAACAUUGGGGGAUUAUUGUCUGGCCUGCCGUUCAGCACCAUUGCCAAGUACCAUGGCUGGGAAAUGGCCUUCUGGAUAGCAGAGAUCACAUGUGCUGCUGCCACUAUUGGAUUUUUUUUGCUGCGCAACAUUCGAACAAAGAUGGGUCAUGUGUCAAAGAAGACUGAAUAAACCGUCACUACACCUCAUCCUCGAUCCCCCAGAGGAAACCGAAUACUUUGGGUGAACAGUGUAUUUUAAUUUUCCAUUACUUCAAUGUUUUUUUUUUAAAUAAAGAAUUUCUCAGUCAGUCUUACACCAGACAAACAUAAGUGGAGGUUCUGAGAAGUUGAUCUCUUUUCUUAUCUGUCUACACAUUUUUUUUACAUUAUGUAAACAUGGCAUCAAGAACUCAACAAGGGAAUGUAAACUACUGCACAUUAUAAAUUGUGCAUUAAAAUAAACUAUACCUCAUAAAUAGAGAAUACAACACAUUACUGUCUUGUUGAAAUUAAAUGUGUGGCCAGUGGAUUGAAUGAA